AUGAGGUGGCACCAGAAACGAGGCCUGUCAGGCCUUCGGUUAUUGUUCACGCGCCUCCAUGCCAGCUCAGUCUGCCGCUACACACACUACUACAGCCCCAAGUACUGCCACGCCAAGGUUUACUGCCCCCUCAAGCUUUACAGCCCUGGACAGCAGCGCUUUCUCCAAGGACCAAACAGAACCACAAGCACCCACUCCAGCUCAAACGGUAUCCACAGACCAAGAAAAAGCAACACCAAUAAGAUUGACAUCUUCUGA